UGGAGCCUUGUUAUUGGCUUACCCUGUGGGCAAAGAUUGGGGAAAAGUCACCGUUUCAAAUGUAGCUAAAUACUCGGUUGGCUGAAAUCCACCUGUGGUUUUGGUAUUUAGUCUUGCCAGAUUGUGUUUUAAAAACAUAAUGACGCUGUAGUCUGGUUAUCGCUGACGACCUUGAAUGUGUGUUUUAAGCCGCUCGGUUGCUCCCGCGGUCUGAGCUUUCCUGGGCUACUGUGAGCCGACAGACUCUCUGACGGGUGCGUCAUUGACCGCAAAUAUGAGCCGCUUUCUGAACGUCCUCCGGAGCUGGCUGGUGAUGGUGUCCGUCAUAGCGAUGGGAAACACCGUGCAGAGCUUCAGGGACCACAGCUUCCUCUCAGAGAAACUGUACACGGGAACGCCAGAGUUUGUAAAUGGUCUCCAAGCUCGAACAUUUGGUAUUUGGACAUUGCUGUCGUCAAUCAUCCGCUGUGCCUGUGCCAUUGAUAUCCAGAACAAAACGCUAUAUCACAUUACUUUAUGGACAUUUGUGUUGGCACUGGGUCACUUUCUGUCGGAAGCAUUCAUCUACAAAACUGCACCACUGACUAUUGGAGUGAUGGCACCACUCAUUGUUGCAAGUUUUUCCAUCAUAGGAAUGCUCAUUGGAUUCCAGUGUUUUCCAGAGACUCAGGAAGAAUUGGGAGCACGGCAGAAGAAGCGAAACUAGUUUCCUCCUCUUAUUGGCCGAAACCACCACCAGCACACAAACUUGGACCAGUAAUUGUGUGCCAGCUUUUGUAUCAUGUAUCAUGGGUUUACCUAUUUAACAUUCAAAGGAGCAAUAUUAUAAAAGGAUUAAGCCACAUAGUAAUCUGGAAUAUAAUUUUUUCACUUCAUCUCUAUUUUUUUUUUAUCAGUUCAGACUUUACUAAAGAACUACAUAAUGUAAAAGUGUUUUACACACACACACCCCAGCAGUUUCUUGAUUUUUACCACAGAAACAAACUUGAGGUUUUAUGAACUCGUAAUGAGAAAGCUAUUCAUCUGCAGAGCAAUUCAGACAUCUUGAUUCUGAAGGUGUAAUUGUUUGUUUUGUUUUGCAUUGCAUUAUUUUUAGGAAAUCAUCCAUGUUGUUCGAUAUUUGAAUUAAACUUCACAUCUUUGCCGGCAUUUAUGGUUUUAUUUCAUCGUCUGAUGAAUAAAUAAAUCAAACAUG